AUGAGCAGCAUAGAUGAAUUAAAUAAUGAAGAAAACAAAAUAUGCCACCAUAAUUUGAGAAAAAAUAGAAAGCCAAGAAAUUAUGAUUUUGAAUAUUAUGAAGAUGCAAUAAACAACCCAAGGAGGCGAAGGAGAGGAAAGAAACGAGGGAGGAAACCUCACAGUGUUUUAGCUACAAAAUUGAAUUCAAUGAAGUUAGAAGAUGAUAAAACCCAAUAUAUUAGAAGAAGACAAAAAGAAAGUAUUACAUUUGAGCAAAAUGAUUUAGAACAAAAUAGAAGCAAUGAAUAUUUAAUUAAUAAUAAUUUUUUCAUAUCAGAAAAAACAAUUAAUGAUCAACCUCCGAAAAGAAGAGGUAGAAAAAGAAAGAAUUUUAAUUUAUUAAAUACAAAUAUACCUUUAAGGAAUAAUAACAUAAAAAUUGAUAGAAUAUGUGAAUAUUUAUCUUAUAAUACCAAUACUACCUGGAAAUAUAUGGGUUCAACUGUAAAAUUUCGAUUAAUAAAUGAUCAACAAGAAAAAUAUAUUUUUUUAAAGAAUAUGAAAAAACACAUUAUAUUUGAAAUUAUUAAAAUAGCAAUGUUUGCAUUGCUAAAAAUUAAUAUAAAUGAUAAUAAUAUUUAUUCACUAAAUGAUAUAGCUAAUAAAAAGAAUGAUAAUAAUCAAAUCUUUCAAAAUGAAAAUGUUAUUAUUAAUUCGAUUGGAGAAAAUGGUAAUAAAAUAACUCAAAAUUUAAAUUGCAAUAAUUAUAUGCCUAAAAGUAAAAAUAUUAAUGAAGAUUGUAAUGAUAAUAAAAAUAAUAUAAAUAGUGAACUUCCUGAAACUUCUGGGUCUGAUAAUUCCCAAAUCUACAUCAAUAAUGUUUCGAAUAACCAUAGAAAAAAUAGUAUUGAUAACAAUGAAAAUAGCAUAGAGAAUAGUGAUGUUGAGAAAAAUGUGGUGGCUUUUGGGCAUAUAAAUUAUAAUAAUUCUAAACAAGAAAUAAUUAAAAGAUUGGAAGACAAAAAUGAUAUAUUAAAUCAAGGUGUAACUGUAUCGGAAAUACUUGAUUUUGUAAAAGAAAAAUAUGAAAAGUAUUAUGAAAAUGUUAAGCAAUAUAUUGUAACCACCUUGAAUAUUUAUUGUGCUUUAAAUAUGUUUAAAUUAAUUAGAAGAGGUCGAUACACGAUUUGUAAAUAUAUUAAUUUUAAUAUAUUUAAAAUCAAAUAUUUCAAAAAAUAUUAUAAAUUCUUUUACACAUUAAAGGGUGAAGAAGAAGUAUUAAUGAACAUCAAAAAUUAUUUAAAAUCAUUUUAUUACGAUAAAACGAAAAAUGAACUUAUUGGAAAUUCAAACAAUUCCAGAUCAAGGGCAAAUUCUUAUAAUAAAAAUUCAAAUGAUAUUAAUUGGGAUGGCCAAAUAAUUAUUAAAAGAACUCGAAAAAGACGAUCUAAAAAUCUAUCAGUGCCUAAUAAUGAAAUUCCAUUAAAAAAGGAAUGUAUUGAACAAAGUACUACUUUAAUUGAUUCAAAGGAUUCGGUUCAAAAUAUUAAAGAAGAAGCAGCUUCAGGUGAUAACACCCAUUUAGCAGGUUCUAUCGGCACAAAAAAGGAAAUUCAAAUUAAUGAAAACACAAGUAACGCUAAUCCUAUUAUCAACGAAGACCCUACGGGUCCCGUUAAAAAUACAAAUAUAGUUGAAACGGGUUCUGAAAAGCAACUACAAGUAGUUAAUGAAAAUGCUAUAACCAAAGAAGCCUGUGGAGAAAACGAAGAAAAAGAAGUAAAGGCCCCUAAAAGAACCAGAGCACCCAGAAACUCUAGAAACAGUGGUGCUAAUAAAAUAAAACAUGUUAAUAUUAAUUUAAAAAAUGUGAAUAUAAAAUGUUUUAGGGUAGCAUACGGAAUAAAACAUUUUUUUUGUUCUUAUGAUACAGUAGAAAAAUGUUAUGAUGACUUUGAAAUAAUAAAUAUUUCAAAAAAAUAUGGCACUUUAAGAAAUAGUAUAGUAAAUAUGAAUUUAAGAUACAAUUUUUUAUACAAUUCCAAAAGAUUAUUAAAUAAUUAUAUUACCAAUAAUACUAAUGCUAAUAAUAAUUAUAAUAGUACGCCAAGCAUGGUACUAAGUAAUAAUAAUAAUAACAAUAUGAAUUUAAAUAGAGAUAAUCAAAAAUUAAAACAUUCACAAUAUGGAAAAAAAAAAAAUAAUAAUAAUGAAAAUGAUUCAACUAAACAUGAAAAAUAUAAUUAUCUUAAUUUUAAUAUAAGUUAUAAAACAUUACGAAAAAAAUUAAUUUGUCUGAGACAUGUAAAUACAAGCAAAAGGGAAGAAAGAGCACAUCGACCAAGGAAUGAAUUAAAACACACAAAAGAAAAAUUGUUAACUAUAAACAAUGACAAUUUAGUGCAAACAUGUUCAAUAAAUUCUAAUUUUUCUAAUAUUGUUAGUGUCGACGGAUUAUCAUCCAUGAACUUUGAAAGCUUAUGUUCACAAAAAAGCCAAUGA